CCCAUCAUGCAAUGCUGGUCGGAAAUGAAAAAGACUGCCCAAGAUGUAGCAGGUUUUUCAUUGUGCACAUAUUGUUUUUCCUAGAUUUCAGUCACUUGACUGAAUCGAAGUCGCGACGACGUCUCCUCCAUUAGCCACAUUACGGACUCAAACAUCAGUCUUCACGUCUGGGCACUCGUUGAAGUUUUUUCGCCUACUUUAGCCUAGCCUAGCUGGUCAACCGCUAACAAAACUGCAAGGCACGUCUUCAAGCGUUCAGAAAUCAAGUGGGGAAUAUGUUCGCGAUGACUACACUGGCUGCAGAAAAGUUCCAGGAGGAACUUUGUGGAGUAAAAGAGGAGCCCCCACGUCACCAAGACUCGACUAUGUGCAAAAUGAUGCACGCAAAGGUUGUUCUUCACAGACUCGAAGACCUAGAUGUCAGUCAAGCCCAUCGUCUUGAGCACCAGGAGUCUGCAUACGUCAAGGGGGAGGAGGAAGAAUCGCCAUGCACCAAGGAGGAGGAAGCGUCGCCAUACAUCAAGGAGGAAGAGUCCGUUCACAUUAAAGGUUUCAGGAAAUAUAUUGGUGCUGAGCCAGAAUCUCCUGGCGUUAAAAUGGAUGUUGAGCUCCUCCAAAUCAAAGAGGAGGAGGAGCCAGUGCCCUGUCUACAACAGAAGGAGAGAGAAAAGCAACUUCAAAUCAAAAAGGAGGAGGAGGAGGAGCUGCCAUAUGGUAAAGAGGAGGAAGGUAUCACCAGUUUGACUGGUGAGCCCUUGAAGAGUGAAGAUGGGCCGACAGAGACAGGCACAGGGGCGCAGCUUCCAAGGGGCAGCAGUACAACAGAAGGAUUGCAAGCGGACAUCUACAUUGCUCCAUCAGACAGAGAUGGCGCCACAUCACACUCACCUUACAAUGAUGAUGGUCAUAAGAAGUCUCACGGUGACGACAAACUCUGCAAAUGCUCUCAGUGUGGGAAAACCUUUGCGACGAAGCAAACUUGUCGUGCACAUAUGAGGAGGCACACUGGUGAAAAAUCUUUUGCCUGCUCAGUUUGUAAUCAAAGAUUCAGGCACAACAGCAACUUGAUAUACCACACAAGAACCCACACUGGUGAAAAACCUUUUUUUUGCUCACUUUGUGGUCAAAGAUUCGCUCAAAAGCAAAACUUACAAAGUCACGAACGAACCCACACUGGUGAAAAACCUUUUUCCUGCUCAGUUUGUGGUCAAAGAUUCACUCAAAAAAAUACCUUGAAAAUACACACAAGAAUCCACACUGGCGAAAAACCUUUUUCCUGCUCAGUUUGUGGAAAAAGUUUUGUUCAGGCGGGAGAUUUAACAAAACACACAAGAACCCACACUGGCGAAAAACCUUUUUCCUGCUCAGUUUGUGGAAAAGGUUUUGUUCAGGCAGGAGAUUUAACAAAACACACAAGAACCCACACCGGUGAAAAACCUUUUGCCUGCCCAGUUUGUGGUCAAAGAUUCAGUUGCAGUAGCACCUUGAAAAAACACACUAGAACCCACAGUGGCGAAAAACCUUUUUCUUGCUUGGUUUGUGAUCAAAGAUUUGUUGAGAAGCAACACUUAAAACAACACAUUAGAACCCACACUGGCGAAAAACCUUUUUCUUGCUCAGUUUGUGGUCAAAGAUUCAGUCAUAAGCAAAACUUACUAAGUCACGAACGAACCCACACUGGUGAAAAACCUUUUUCCUGCCCGGUUUGUGGUCAAAGAUUCACUCAAAAAAAUAACUUGAAAAUACACACUAGAAUCCACACUGGCGAAAAACCUUUUUCCUGCUCAGUUUGUGGUCAAAGAUUCACUCAAAAAAAUAGCUUGAAAAUACACACAAGAACCCACACUGGCGAAAAACCUUUUUCCUGCUCAGUUUGUGGAAAAGGUUUUAUUCAGGCGGGAGAUUUAACAAAACACACAAGAACCCACACUGGCAAAAAACCUUUUUCCGGUUCAAACAUUCACUCAAAAAAAUAGCUUGAAAAUACACACAAGGACCCACACUGGCGAAAAAGCUUUUUCCUGUUCGGUUUGUGAUCAAAGAUUCACUCAAAAAAUUGCUUGAAAAUACACACAAGAAUCCACACCGGAUAAAAACCUUUUUCCUGCUCAGUUUGUGAUCAGAGAUUCACUCUGAAGGAUCAAAUUAAGAGAAAUGUGUAUUGGUGUAAGAAGCAGUGGCCAAUUACUGUUUUUGCCUGUCAUCCAUGCCGGAUUCAUCAGAUUUUGCAUGCAGGACAAUUGUAUUCUGUAGAGCUUCCUCAAAUCCUGUUGAGCGUUGGCACUUUUGGUGCUUUGCAUGUGCUUUGACCGAUCCUUAAAUGAUGUGCAUCCACACUAUUGCCAAAAAUAUUGGCUCUCCUGAUGUAAGUCUCAAGUGCCAUUAUAUACAGUGCCUUGCAAAAGUAUUCGGCCCCCUUGAAUCUUGCAACC